ACAGAUACCUUUCUGAGGUCAUCUUCUGGGUGUUUCAGGUUCUAAAAGAAUGCCCCUGAGAGAAAGGAAGCAAAACCCACAUCCUUUAUUGCAAUUGGUAUAUAUACCAGAUACUUUGAUGUGGAGGAACACAAAGCAGCAGCGAUGGGUGUUUUCUUUGGCUUGUGGUUCUGCUGGGUCAUUUUUCUUCUUGGGAUCCCCAGAGAUCAAUGUGCAGAUAUAAUUGGAGGGAAAGAAUCAGUUGCACACUCAAAACCUUAUAUGGCCAUAAUCAAAGGGGCCAAACUUUGUGGAGGAACAUUGAUCAAAUCCAACUGGGUGUUAACAGCAGCGCACUGUGAAGGGGGGAAACCCCGCACAGUUAUUCUUGGAGCUCAUUCAUUUGCUAAAGAGGAGAACACAAAACAGAAGUUUGAAGUUGCAAAAUACAUUCAUUACCCAUCCUAUGAUAAGAAGACACACGAAAACGAUCUUAUGCUUCUGCAGCUUAAUGGAACAGCAAAGAUUAAUAAAAAUGUGGGCAUCGUGCAGCUUGCCCGGAAGUUCACUGAUAUCAAGGCAGGAACCCGGUGUAUAGUCGCUGGUUGGGGAACUACUCAGAACCAAGCAAAGAAGCCAUCUGAUACACUGCGUGAAGUUGGCAUCACCAUCAUUGAUAGAAAGAUCUGCAAUGACAAGACACACUAUAAUGGCCAGCCUCGUGUGACAAUGAAUAUGGUGUGUGCUGGAGACCAGAAAGGAGGGAAGGAUUCGUGUACGGGUGACUCUGGUGGUCCUCUGAUGUGCAAUGGGAAACAAAAAGCCAUUGUCUCCUUUGGUAAAGAAUCAGAAUGUGGCAAUAAACGCUACCCUGGUGUCUACACUCUUCUCACAAAGAAGCAUUUGACCUGGAUACAGGAAACCAUACGGGGUGACUUAUAGACUGAUCAUUUGAUUAUGUGAUCCUCUCUCCAGAUGCUCAGUGAUUUAGCUUUAAUAAAAUAAAAUAACUUGCUAGCUCCUUUAGUUCAUACUUAUGUCAUUCAACCUUGUAAUGGUCUAUCAAUUAGUACAAGACUAUCACCCAAUUAACAAAAUGUCAAUUAAUUUGAUGGAUGUUAAUCAGUUAAUGAAUUAAAGUGUGUAGAUUAGUAUAUGAAUAAUAUUACCUUCCGAUUAAAAGGCUCUUAUAAACUUGCAGCAGGAUCAUCUUAGAAGAGGUAUUUCCUCCAGUGUGAGAGAUAGAAUGCUCCUUUGUUUACUAGUGGGCUCUUAUAGGAGAAGAGUCUCAGAAGCCCCAGUCUGAUGGACUCUCCCACAUGGCUUAUUGAUUCCCUUGUCAAAUUGUUUAAGGGUUUCCCUGGACAGGAAUACAAUGCUCAAUUCUUUGCUGCUAGAUAAUCCAUACGUCUGUAAAAUGGCACCACAAAUAUCACUACGCUCUGCAGGUGAGGGCCUCCUGCAGAUACCAUCUUAUCAGGAGGUCCGUUCCACACAAUAUAGCAAGCGGACCUUUAGUCUAGUGGCACCUACCCUUUGGAAUUCCCUCCCCUUAAAUAUUAGACAGGCACCAUCUCUGUUAUCCUGCAGAUGCCAUCUUAUUAGGAAGUCCAUUCCACACAACAUUGGAAGCAGGCCUUUAGUGUUGUCCAUUAUUCCUUCCCUUUAAAUAUUAGACAGGUGCCAUCUCCGUUAUCUUUUUGGUGCCUACUGAAGACCUUCCUCUUUCAACAAACCUUUUAAGUAUCCCAGUCUGUGUCUGUGUUGG